UGGAGUUAAGAUUAUUAUUCUAACUAUAGGGACUUUAUUGUAAUUAACAAUCUUCCAAUAAAUCUCUACAUGUUCAGCCCUUCCAAACAAAUAAACAAAUCGAAAUCGGCCACCAUAAUUUUUUCAAUCAAAUUGUCUGGGUAACAAAGAAAGGGGAAAACUUUCUGCAGAAUAGGGUCAAGCUUAAGCUCACUGAGCUGGUUCAGGGAGAUUUUCUUGGUAAGAGAGCAAUGAACUGGAUUCAACGCAAGAUCUAUCUCUAUAAUGUCACAUUUGGACUUUACAUGUUGGAUUGGUGGGAGCGUUAUCUUUUCAAUAUUUUGGUGAUUGUGCUGAUGUGGUUCAUCUUUUACAAUAGUUCACGAUAUGUGACUGAAUAUUUCAAAGGCUAUGAUACAAUUGGACUGCACUCAAAUAUGUUCUCCAGAGCCUCUGAUAGCACAACCGAGACAGUGACAAAUUCUCUGUGUUUAACUUGAGUCUCAGAGGUUGCAUCAGCUAGAAACUGUGCCAAUGGAUAUGUGAGCUCGAAAAUUCUGAAUAUGCUGCGGCGGUGCCAUGGAUUUGGAUUGAAAUUAUCAACUUCUGUUAUUGUAAAAGAAAUCGUGCAUGUUGUGUAUUUAUUUGAUUUUAUGUCUGGCCAUAAAGAUUUUGUUAUGAUUUAUCCACUCCGAAUUUUGCAACCCCUGUUUUUAUUUUUGUUAAUACAAUUAUUAUAAGAAUUCUGAAUUUGUUUUGUAAUUGUUCAGAAAGUUUUUAGUUUCUCAUGGACUGUUGAUGCUCUUCCA